AAAGGGUGGCAGACCAAUUGACACGAGUCAGAUAUGAAAUAUUAAUAAUGACAUGAUGCGAAAUUCCAGCAUCAAUAAUACAGCAUUGCUUGAUGGUGUUGUGAGUGAGGAGCUGGGAUCGAUCGCUGAUGCUGUGUGUACGGUGUGCUACGUAGACCCAGUGGCCAUUCCCAUGGACAAGCUGUCACCACCCGGUCAAUGGGAAUGUUAAAAGACACACGGCAGGAAUGACGUAGCGGGCGACGUCACCAGUAGCGGUAUGAACGACAGGAACCCCCGCCACGUUGAAGACAGAAGCUAUAAAUAGGGAGGGGAAUAUAUCCCUGUCAUUUUCAACACCAUUCCAUUCGGCGGGUCUUGUUUGAAGUUGCAGUAUUAGAACUGACUACAAAUUUAAAUUCAAGGAUCACUGUGUUCCCGAGAUAACGUUCUACACAACCUCUGUUGUUAAUACUACCGGAGAUGGGGAGUUUAAGGAUUACACCUGUGCACGUGGCUACCUGGGUCUUCAUAGUCACUGUUGUGAGCGGAAUUGAGAGCCAGAGGAAGUACUGUGAAGUCAGAAUGUGGUAUCUGGACUUGGUGACAGAUGGACCGCUAGCUGGAGAAUUGUCGGAAGAUAAAGUUAUUCUCAAAGCAAAGAUCGAAAAAAUGAUGGAGAAGUACAAGACAGUUGGUAGACCAGACGGCAAGGUGGAUUGUCACAUACUGACACUGUACGAGGAAUUACUACGAGCAGACGAUAAACCACCAGAACCACCUGGAGGGGAGAAAGGUUCCGUCGAUGAUCCGGAACAGGUCAAGGACAGAAAUGACAACGAGAGUCCCCGGCAAAUACAAACGGACAAAGAAAAGAACGAAACAAAAGAGGCUAGCUCUAAAAGCGUCUCUGAAUCCACCGAGUCUUCAGAAGACGAUACCGAUCUUGAUGAAACAGAGUUUGGGGACGAAACAGACGAUGAGACUGCAGAACUGAAUGAAUCUGCUUUCCCGUCAGACACAGCCUCUGUUAGUGUAAAGGAACAAGAAAAAGCUGAUAUUUCAAAACAAGAAACUAAAACUCACCUCAAACAGGAAGACGAGCCCGUUAAACCCAAAAAUGAACCCAAGUCAGAUGCUAAGGAGGAUGCGAGUCAACAGACAGCAAGUAAAUCCGGCAAGAAGACACGUAUGGUUGAGGACUUUGUAUUUGAUCCUCUCCGAGGAUAUGUCAAAGUCACGAAAGAAGUUGAGAUUGAUGACGAGGAGGAAAAGGCUCCAAAAGAAAAACAAGAAUCGGAUAAAUCUGUAAAAUCAGAUUCUGAUGCAAAACCACACAUGGAAACAAAGAUAACUCCACCGGAGACAGAGACACAAUCAAAAGAGAAAAAUGUACAGGAAGAAAAGGUAAAGGUAGAGGAGACUGUAAGCAAUGAAGUCAUCUUGCAAUCUUCUGAAGAAAGAGCGAGAUCCGAGCUGAAAGUACCCCAAACAUUGACCUCAUUACAAAGAAUACAAAGUGCUUGUUUAUACAAAGAUCAGUGUGAACUGUAUUGUUACUAUGGGUUUUCCAACCGCAUGUGUCUUGAGCAUUAUCCUGAUAUAGAAUAUGAAGUAGUUCAAAGAUUUGAAGCAGUGAUAACUGAGCCAAUUAGCGAGAGUUCCAAAGAAGAGACCUCUGGUGAGAAUGCUGAAGAGAGGCUGUCAGUGACUGAGAUGUUACAGAAAAAUACAUUAAGCCAACAGGAAUCAUCAGUUGUUUCAGAAGCAAAUCUAGAUAAAUCAGAUCCUCCUGAACCUUUGCUGGGUGACGGUACCUCAAAGGGAGGUGACCACCUGUCACAGACACAAAAUGACAAAAAAGAAACAGACGAGUCUGAGGAAAAUCCCAAGGAUAAAUGGGAUAAACACAUUGAAACGACAAAGGAACAAAUUGAAGAAAGAGCAGAUGAAGGAUCUGCAAAAGAUACACACUACCAAGGAUUCCAGGACUUCAGAGAGGAUCUUCAUAGGUUCGAGCGGCAGUUUCAAGAACGAGCUUCAGAAUAUGCAAGUAAGAUUCAGAGUUUGGAGAUCAUGAUUAUGAAGCUGGAGAACCAGUUACUGGGUGAAACAAUCACAAAGCAGAAUGACAGCAACGUCUUGUCCAGGCUCGAGAAUCAGAUCUUGAGACUUGAGAACGACCUCUUGAAGCUUAACCAAAAUUAUGUGACUUUAAAAGAAGAAAAUGACAUCUUGAAAGCUCGCCAAGGGAAAUAUCUCAAAUUGGGACAUGAUAAAGCCAACCCUAAUCAUCCAUCUCUGACUGACAACAGCACGAAGCACUAUGAGCUGAUAACACAACAGCAAAGCAAGAUAUCAGAAUUGUCGACCAUUUUGAAGAACCACUCGACUCUGUUCAACCAACUUCAGAGCAAAUCUCAACAUCUUGAAGAACAAAAUCAGAUGCUGUAUCAUAUCGUCAUGAACCAGACAGCACUCAUCUCUAGUGUUAUGAAGAAGAUGCAAGAUUUGUCAGAGGAGGCUUUGAGGCACCGGCAUGAGACUGAGCAACUCAAAGCCAAACUUGAGAUAAAAGAUAACUCAGAUCGAAUAUUGGAGCGAUUGGACAAUCUUGUCUCGGGCACACCUGCCAUAUCAAAGAACGUUGUAGACGACGGUAAACCGGAAGAGAAAUAUAUUCCAAAUACUCUUUUAAGUUUCUUUCCCAAAUCCCCUGAUGCUAUAGUAGAGAGGCGUCCUUGGUCGUGUGGUGGUAUGAACAGCUCUCGUUUUUGUGUGAUGUAUUCCUUAAUCUUAUGCCCAUGUCCACCUUUUUCGACUGUUUAUUGGAAAAAGUGUCCAUACUUUCUAAAAGAUAUUUCGAGAAAUGACACAAACGUCAAAAACAUCUCUGAGGUCACUGCUUCUGAAUCUGACAAGAAAGAUGACCCUGCUGCCGAAGGAGGUUUUCAGACCAGUCAUCUUCCGGUUAGCGAUGAGAAAGAAAGUAAAGAUGAUAUUUUAACGAAGGAAUUAAAAAGUGAUGACACCAAGACAGCUACUGAAGGCACUGUAGGCGACAGUAGUUCCUAUGAUAAGCAGGACAAUUCCAAGACAGAGGCUGAUUCAACAAAGCAAUCAAAUGACGUCACGUCCCCGCGACCCUUUGACCAAGCACCUGCUCCUGAAACUAAAGGUGAUGAGACAAAGACGGCUUCUGAAGGUGACAGCAGUUCAAAAGAUACACAGGAAAAUCAACCCCCCAAAGAAGAGGUUGAUUCAGUGAAACAACCUCAGACUCCCGAGAAGAGGAAGAUUCUCUACCAACAAGAAGGGGACACCCCGAAACCUCGAGACUGCUGGGAGUACUACGAAGAGGGCCAAAAUCGUAACGGCAUGUACAAGAUAUACCUGGUGGGUCUGCAGAAGAGCAUCCCGGUGUACUGCGACAUGAGGGGCGGGGGCUGGACCAUCCUUCUUAAACGCAGCAGUAGCAGCAUUGACUUCUACAAAGAUUGGGCUGACUACAAGAAGGGAUUCGGAGGUUUGUACGCGGACCACUGGAUUGGUAACGAAAAUCUCCACUACCUCACAAACCAGAAGAACUAUCUCCUUCGGGUGGACAUGGAUGACUUUCACUGGGACAGCGUGUAUGCCGAGUACGACACCUUCUGGACUGACAACGAAGAGGAGGGGUACCGACUUCACAUCUCGGGGUACAGUGGCACCGCCGGGGACAGUUUCCUUAAACACAACAACAUGAAGUUCAGCACCAGGGACGUUGACAACGACCUCGUCAACAAAGAAUUGAAGGCAUUCGACCACAACUGCGCCAAGCGGUUCCACAGCGGAUGGUGGUACUAUAAGUGCUACAUGACCAAUCUCACGGGACGCUACUAUAAGAAGGGGGUAGUUCCUGACAAACAGUAUGAUGGUGUUUCGUGGAAAACGUGGAAAGGUCCGUCGGAGUCAUUAAAAGAAGCAGUGAUGAAGAUUAGGCCUGUAGGAGUGACAGCCUAGAGUUUCGUAGUGGUUAGCGUGCAAUAAACUAUCAUCUUUCCAAAAAGAUCCUCAAGGGUAUUAACAGAAUAUUACGCCAAACUCAUCGUGGAAUCAUGUCCAUGUUCUACUGUAUGUACAUAUUCAUUAAGAAACUCAUCACCGGACACUUCUUUAAACAAGUUCCAUGUCUUAAGUGUGAUCGAAAAAACGUUUCUUUUUCUUAGGUUAGGUUGUCUAAUUUAUCCUAUUGUUUGAAAUAAAACGUGAUUCUACAAAAUGUAAAUUAUGUAUCUAAUAUGCAAUUAACUGUUCAUAACUGUAUUUUGUAUAAAUAUGUUUUGUUACCAAGAGUUUAAACUGCUGGAAUCUAUUCUUCUUGUAUCACGCUCUCCAAACUAUCUCGGCAAAUUCAGAGUGCCAACGCUUUACAUAGACAUUGUUUCAAGGUCAGCGUCAAAACUGUUUUGCAUGAUAUCAUAUUGUAAUUUUUUCUUCAAAAUAUCUGUCAUUCAACUUUCUGCUAAGAAAUCUGGGGCAAGGGAGAUGCAGUCCUCGAUAGCGCCGCAAUUAGAUACGCAAAGAUGCGUCCGUGGGUCACGAAAAAAUGCUACGAUCGCGGGUUCGAAUCCCGGAUGCACAAGACCCGGUUCGACUACUCACAUGGGUACAAUGUGUGAAGCCCAUUGCUGGUGCCCCUCGCCCUGAUAUUGCAAAAGCGGUGUAAAGCUAAACACACUCCAAGGUAGGUACCCUAUAUAAUACUAGCCUGAACCAAAUAUAGGCCCAAUGAUAAUUUAAUCAGAUUUGGCUCUGACUUUCUAAUCUAUUUAGUGUUGAGUGAGGGUUUUCCUGAUAUUUCCGUAUUGACUGCAAAGCAGUUGGACGGAGGACAAAGCCGCCAUAGCUGUUCCGAAAGAGAGAGGGCUUGUGUGCAUGUGUGCGUGCGUGCGUGUGUGUGUGAGAGAGACAUAACAUUUGAAGUAUCUCCCGCCAUAUGUGUGAGAGGUUGAUUUUAAGUUAUAAACAGGCCUAUGUGAGCUGGUCUUCAAGAUUGUAUCCUUCAUGACGGGGGCCUCCCUGUUCUCCAUACUCCUCAGUGUUAAUCAAAGUAAUUGUAAAGUUAUUAAAUAUUUUCAUCUAAAAGUUCUAUAUAUAACCAUUUUCCCUGCCUAACUGCCAUACAAUUCACACCCCACCAAUCACGCCUGGUAUUCCCCUGAUGUAUGUCAGACCUUUGCUCAACCCAUCCUCAGCAAGUACUUUAGGUGUUGCUAUGAGCAACAUUUAUCUCAUGACAAAUGUUUGGUGAAUGACAAUCAGAUGCUUUUUUUUAUCAUGAUCAACAUUCCAUACCUAUCUAAACCUUUGAGGAUAACGACUUCUUUAUCCUUAGAAUUCUUAAAAUAACUUGUUGUUAUCCAAAAAAAGUUCAUAGCUUCAGGUUUGACCAACUUCAAAAUGCUUCUUAAAGACCUUAUAACAAUUAAAUGUGAUUCAAGCCUCUCAAGCACAUCACUGUCUGUCAUGUCAAUUUUUUUUAUACAUGUAGCAGUUAUUGAGUACCCUAAUCACAAGGAGAUAGUGUGUCAGUUAUCAGCAGAUAAUUAUAGAGCAUUGUGACCCUUUCAAGGACAAGAAACAACAUGACCAAAAUAUUACACGUCAUGUAAAACUAUUGUCAUUAUGAGAGUAAAAGCAAAUGGUUCUCAGAUAGAACUUACUCAAAAAUAUUUAAUUUCUAAUAUAUUUAAGUUUUAAUUAAAUAAUGUUUCACAUGGGUACAGUUAAUCCAUAUAUUUAAUAGGUUGUAUCUUCUGAGAUAAGAAGACGAUAAUCUAGAAGAUUUCAGAUUCACAUUUUUGUGUGUGUAACCAGAGGUUUUGGAAUAAUAUGUUUAACCUUAACAUGCCACUCUUCUAGUAUGUUUGGUAUUAUGCAAAUAAUCCAUUUAGUGAAAUAUUACAGAAACUCUUUGUUAAAAUUAGUAAAAUGUUUUCUUCGUACCGAGUAGUCAACUCUCUGAAAAGACAAACAAGCUUGCUGUUUACAUGAGGUAUAUGAGACUGGUAUAUUAUUUCCAUAACUGUGCAAUGUGCCUUUCACCAGUUAAAGUGCCUUCUUCAUCCUCCACAGCCUGCAACUUGGCAGGCACCUGCAAUCAGUACUUAGCUUGAUAUCCUAUAUUUGUAUCCAAGUCCAUGUAUAUAUGUAAAUUAUUGACUGAAUGUAUUCAUGUUGAAUAAAUAUCAUUUGUACAAUA